GAAAAGAAUUAAGCUAAGCGAGGUGAGGGAGGGUGUAUAGUUUUUUAGAAAAAUAAAAUUAAGAAAUUUGUAAGUAUUGAAAAAUCGAAAUUUAUGGUUUUAAGUAAUCAAAUAUUUCUCCAUUUCCAUCAUUUUGUCGCCCCACAAGAAUCGUAAAGAGAGAAAAGCAACUUUCAAAUGCUGCGCUGCCGGCGGGGACUAUAAGCAGAAAACUGAAGAGAGCGAGAGAGGGCUGCGCUAGAAUGAGCAGAAGGUUGCUCAAACCUGCUCUAAUUUCUCCAACACCAUUGAUAAACUCACUAAAACCCUUCUACAGAUUCUUCAAUGCCGACGACAAUAUCGAAGGACUAACAGCCGCAGACGGCAAUCUCCAAGGAUUAUUAUCGGACAGCGAAAUCCGCCACUCCACUAACGCACCUCAACACUCUCAGCCUCAGCUUCUCUCAUUUCUCAAGGAAUCCAUCUCUGUCGCCAAAGCUGAAGUCUUUGAGUCCGGUAAGUGCUCAACCGAUGCUUUAUCAAUAAUAAAUACAAUCAAGAACAACAAUGAUGGGUUGGGAGAGGAAUCCCAGAAAUUUCUAAGGAAGUUUAGGGAGAAACUCGAUGAGAAUUUGGUGGUUGAUGUGUUGAGAAACGUGCAAAACCGAGAAUUGGGCGUUAGGUUCUUCAUGUGGGCUGGGAGGCAGAUAGGGUAUAGUCACAAUGCCGCUGUUUACGAUGCUUUGCUGGAGUUAUUAAGCGGCGGUGGGGGCGAGAGAGUGGGUGAUCGUUUUCUGCUCGAGAUAAAGGGGGAUGAUGGGGAAGUGCUGGGGAGAUUGCUGAAUGUACUGAUUAGGAAGUGUUGCCGUAGUGGGAUGUGGAAUUUGGCACUUGAGGAGUUGGGGAGGCUCAAGGAUUUCGGAUAUAAGCCAUCUAGGGUGACAUACAACGCACUGGUACGCGUGUUCUUGGAGGCUGGUAAGCUGGAUACAGCUUUGCUGCUUCACAGGGAGAUGUUGAAUUUGGGGUUUAAGAUGGACAUGCAUAUAUUGGGUUGCUUUGUGCACUUCUUAUGCAAAAUAGGUAAAUGGAGAGAGGCAUUAACUUUGAUUGAGACAGAAGAAAUUCAGCCUGAUACUUUGUUGUAUACCAAAAUGAUAAUGGGGUUAUGUGAGGGCUCUCUCUUUGAAGAGGCUAUGGAGUUCUUGCAUAGGAUGCGGGUGAAUUCAUGUUUCCCUAACGUCGUGACAUAUAGGGUUUUGCUUUGUGGGUGUCUGAAUAAGGGGAAGCUGGGGAGGUGUAAGAGAAUUCUGAGCAUGAUGAUUGCAGAAGGCUGUUAUCCGAGCCCCAAGAUAUUCUGUUCUCUCGUCCAUGCCUACUGCAAAUCCGGGGACCAUUCCUAUGCCUAUAAAUUAUUCAAGAAAAUGGUUGAUUCUGGUUGUAAACCAGGUUAUGUAGUCUAUAAUAUAUUGAUUGGAAGUAUAUGCAGUGUUGACAACUUUCCAAGUCCAGACAUGUUGGAACUGGCUGAAAAGGCUUACAGUGAGAUGCUUGUUGCCCGGGUAGCGUUGAAUAGAGUCAAUGUCAGCAAUUUUUCCCGCUGUCUUUGUGGGGCUGGGAAGUAUGAGAAAGCUUAUAAUGUGAUUCGUGAAAUGAUGGGAAAUGGAUUUGUUCCAGAAGCUGGCACGUACAAUAAAGUCAUUGGUUUUUUCUGCGAUGCAUCAAAAGUAGACAAGGCCCUCUCGUUAUUCAGAGAGAUGAAAAAGAAUGGCGUUGUCCCAAACGUGUACACUUACUCUAUUAUGAUCGAUAGGUUCUGUAAAGCUGGCUUGAUUCAGCAGGCUCGGUGCUGGUUUGAGGAAAUGAUGAGGGACGGGUGUGCUCCAACUGUGGUCACGUAUACAGCACUUAUACAUGCUUACCUCAAAGCAAGGAAAAUAUCCGAUGCGAAUGAGGUAUUUGAGAUGAUGCUGACGCAAGGUUGCCAACCGAAUGUUGUCACUUUUACUGCUUUGAUUGACGGAUACUGUAAAGCUGGAGAUAUAGAGAAGGCAGGCGCAAUUUAUGAAAGAAUGAGAGGAAAUCCUAAUGUCCGUGACAUAGAUAUGUACUUUAGAAUUUCGGGUGAUAGUAAUAAUGAACCGAAUGUUGUUACGCAUGGAGCUCUGGUCGAUGGCUUGUGCAAGGUGCAUAGGGUCAAAGAGGCCCACAAUAUUUUAGAUGCAAUGACGGCUCAAGGCUGUGAGCCGAAUCAUAUAGUUUAUGAUGCUCUUAUUGAUGGAUUCUGCAAGGUCGGAAAGCUAGAUGAAGCACAAGAAGUUUUUGCUAAGAUGUCUGAACGCGGAUACGCCCCAAAUGUUUAUACAUACAGCUCUAUGAUCGACAGGCUGUUUAAAGAUAAACGCCUCGAUCUUGCUUUGAAAGUCUUGGCAAAAAUGCUGGAAAGUUCUUGCAUGCCUAAUGUUGUUACUUAUACAGAGAUGGUUGAUGGUCUUUGUAAAGUGGGGAAGACAGCUGAAGCAUACAAACUGAUGUUGAUGAUGGAGGAAAAAGGUUGUAAUCCUAAUGUCGUUACCUAUACAGCCAUGAUAGAUGGCUUUGGGGUUGCUGGAAAAGUGGAUAAAAGCCUCGAACUCUUCCAAGAGAUGACCAAAAAGGGAUGUGCUCCGAAUUACAUCACAUACAGGGUCUUGAUAAAUCAUUGUUGCGGCGUUGGGAGAUUGGAUGAGGCUUAUCAGCUUCUGGAGGAGAUGAAACAAACAUAUUGGCCGAGCCGUUUAGCAAACUAUCAGAAGGUUGUAGAAGGCUUCAGCAAGGAUUUUAUAUCGAGUCUUCAGUUAGUGGAUGAAAUGAGUAACAAUGAUUCUGUUCCCCUUAUCCCAGUUUACAAAGUUUUGAUUGAUAGCUUUCAGAAGGCUGGAAAAUUGGAAAUGGCUCUGCAGCUGCAUCAAGAGUUUUCGUCUUUGUCUCCAUCUUCAUCAACUCAUAGGAAUGUGUGUUCUUCUUUAAUCGAGAGCCUGUCAGCUUCAGGCAGAAUCGAUGAAGCCUUUGAAUUAUAUGCGGACAUGAUUGGAAAAGGUAAUAUUCCCGAGUUCGUUGUGCUUGUUGAUCUCGUCAAGGGGCUUCUAAAGGUUAACAGAUGGGAGGAUGCGCUUAUUCUUUCAGAAAGCUUGUGUCACAUGGAUAUCCAGUGGUUGCCAAAUGAGAACACACAAAAACAGAGCUAGAGUGGUUUCUUUUUACGUUACUCCUCUCGUUACAAUUGGAUAGUGAAGAAUUUAAGAAAUCUUCUCUCAUCUGUAUCAAGCAUGUGCUUUUUGAGAUGAUAACGAUUAGCACAAGGACUCCAAGGCUGAUGAAGAUAAGGCUACCAGCAGUAUAGUCUUUCGGUUGCAUUUAUGCUUCUUUUCAGGCCAGAUCAAUGGCCAGAUAGUAAUAUCGGCAGAGCCUCAUGUGCCGUGAAUAUCGCUCUUGGCCAAGUCAGACACGACGAGUAAGAGCUAUAUCCGAAUGAAGAAAAAACUUCAGAUGAAACAGACGCCUGCUCGAGCUAUUUGGAGCAUCGUGGUGCAUUUGGAACUGAUUUCAUAUAGCAAACAUCUUCUCCUGCAUUGCUCAACUUCCAUGGGUAUGAUGUAAUGCAACUAUAAUAGUAUGAUUCAUAGAUAAACAUAAGUAUUUUCUUUACCACUUUUUAGUGGAGUAUAAAAAAAUGUAUACAUUUUGGGCGGAAUGCAUCUCUCCUAACUUGUACCA